GACAGUAAACUAGUUGGUCUGCGUUUCUCAGGUGCGAUGUGUUUGCUGCACUGUGUGACUGUGACCCCCGGUGACGGCUGAAAACAUUUUGUCUUGUAAAUAAAGUGACUUCUUGUCAGCGAGUGCCAUCGUCCUCUGGGAUCAUUGACGACUUUGCUGUAAGGGAAGAGCAGGCUUCCUCCUCUCCUGCUUCGCUCGUCCUCUCAGCACCAUGCCAGACAUUAAUCUGUGUUUGGAGGCUCUGUCGGCUCUUUCCGGCUGCAGCGUCGAGCUGACCAGUGGCACCUCCCAGCUCACUCCCCAGGACUUUGUCAACAUUGUGGCCCUUAAGGAGUUUUACAAGCAGGAGGGGUUUAAGGAGCUGGAGUACCCCAGUCUAGGGACUCUGUCCCUGCAGGACGUGGAUGACCAGGACCUGUACGGGAACCCGCCGGCACUGACCGAGGGCCCAGAGCUCCAGAGCCUCAGGACCACUGUGAGGAUCAACCCUCAGGACUUUUUCCAUCCAAAGUACGACUACGACUUCACCAACAUCAAGGAUGGCAGCACCAAGUUCCUGCGUGGUAAUGAGCAGUACAUUCGUCCCUGUGGCUGGAACCGUGUGGCCCUGCAGGUCAUCCAGAGGUAUGCCGAUGGGAAUUCCUGGCUCGGGACAGGAAAGGAUGCCUGGCCCGUCUCCUACCAAGGAUACAGCAUGGAUGGCUCCCUCGGCAUUAUCCUGACCCGUGGUGCAUGCUCCAGUGACGAGCCCCAGUUUCUGGAUGUAGCUGCCGCCUCUCUGAAUAACAGCGAGACGAGGGGUAGAGGGGUGUACUCCACACCAGACAUCAAGAUGGCGGAGCAGUACUGCAAGCAGUUCACGUCCAGAGUGGACGGGAAGAAGUACAAAGUGGUUCUUCAGAACCGCAUCAACCCACAGAAGAGAACCAAGUGCCAGAGAGAAGAUGUGUGGCUGGUCUAUAUCCCCGAGGGCCACAACGAUGUCCAGACCAGGGCCAUCGUGCAGGAGUCCAUCCGCCCGUACGGGCUGCUGCUGAAGCAGGCGUGAGCCCGGACGUGGUCUGGGUUUCAUUAUCAACAUGAAGCCUUGGAACAAUCAUUUCUCUCCUUUCCACUAAUGUCAGGUAAAUGCUGCUGAGGAGGUCUGUAGGUUCAGUGUUCCUCAGUUGGCUCAUGUGACUCCCACAGCUCCUGGAUGUUUGCACUGCAACCCAGGGAGCACCGUUCUCACUAAGCAUUAAUCUAAGAACACCGCUGUGGGAUGGAUAAACUGUAUAGGCACAUUUUAAUCCUGAAAAUCACUUUGGCUUUUCUAAAUAUAUUUGCAUGACUUAGACUAUUCACAAACCAUAAAUAGUAGUGCCUUAAUUUGAGUUCAUGUUAGAAAUCAGUUUAAGUUUGGGGAUUUUUUCCAAGAUUGAAGGCUGUAACUAAUACAAACCUGAACAUAACUCCCUGCAGCUGUUGUCAAAUCUAAGGAACGACUGAGGAACACAAAACCAACGUAAUAUCCUGGGAAACUGGUCGGUGUGGGUCUGCUGUAUGUGCUGCCAUCUAGUGGUGUGUUGUGGUAUUUUUCUUUUUAGGAGAAUUCUGCAGAAUGAGCUAACAGUUUCAGGGUGGUGAGCAUGAAUGAUGCUAGAAGAGGAUUUUCAGAUUUGAAUUAUUACCUUUCUUUUGCUGCCUGCUUGCACAAAAUGUCUGUCACUGAACUGCACCGAUGAGGUUUCAUUAUACUGUAAUUACAGAUGUCAAGUCAUCUAAUGUGCUGAGCUGCUUGUAAGAUCUGGUCACUGAGGCACUUUCACCUCUGGACUAGAGUGUGAUUCAGUUUCCUGGCUGAAUUUUAAUUGAAGAUGCUGUGAGGUUUUUCAUAGUGCUAUCAUUUUGUGAAUACUGCGGCUGUCUGUUAAUUACAGAAUACCUCUGUUCAUCUCAUGUACUGUACCCCUUAUCUUUACUUUUUGUAGUCCAUACAAAUAAAACUAUAAUUUCCCAGGAUACACACA